AUGAUCGUCUCUGCACGAUUUGAAGCUCUCUUUACUCAGUCAACGCCAGCUUAUGAUCCUCCUUCAGACGGGCCCUCCUCUCCACAGCAGCCCGAUGCACUCCUCGUCUUACUCCCUUUACUCAUCGUCUUAUCCACUUUUUUGUUUCUGCUCCUUACCUUUCUUAUCUGCGUCCUUCUCAUAAGAAGACGGCGGGGUAUUAUUCUGGGCGACAACGAUGGCCCCGUCGACAUGAGUCGUGAAGAACUCAUCGAAGGUGAAGGUGGCUUUGAAGGCGUCGAAUCACGAUGGCUGGAAGGGGUCACAGACACCGUUCGAAGGGCUUAUUUACGAGCUAAGGAAUAUCAGCUCCAAUAUCCACCUAAUUCUUUGCCGACAGAUAUCACCCUAUCGCAAUUCCUCUCAAUACAGGAAAAAGGCGUCGCAGCGUGGUGUUUCGAACCAGACUAUGAGACUGUGAACUCCCUGCUUGUUCAUGCCAGAACGGAAAUUACUUUCCUUCCAGAUCCUGCUUCCUCGUCAUGUGUACAGUCCAACCUCCCAUUACCCAAGCUCAAUGAAGUUUAUUAUUGGGAAGUAAAGAUGUUUGAUCUUCCGGAAACAACGACCGUGGCCGUGGGGCUUGCAACCAAGCCAUAUCCUCCAUUCCGGUUACCUGGGCUCAAUCGAUACUCCGUUGCCUACCACUCGAACGGUGACAAGUCCCACAAUUUUCCUUUCACCGCUGCGCCAUUCGGUCCCAUACUCAAAGAAGGUGAUGUCCUGGGCUUGGGUUAUCGACCUCGCACAGGGACAGUUUUCUUCACUAGGAACGGACGUAAGACAGAGGAUGCGUUUGUUGGCUUGAGCCGAUGGAAUCUUUUCCCCACCAUCGGUGCUGAUGGUCCUUGCAGUGUCCACGUAAAUCUGGGACAGGCUGGAUUUGUUUUUAUCGAAGCAAAUGUUAAGAAAUGGGGUUUGGCGCCCAGUGUCGGUACGCUCGCCCCACCUCCUGCAUAUGGUAGCGAACGUGGGAGCAUUCUUCUUGACGUUGGAGGACGCGUUCGAGCAAACGCCGAUGGCACUCCCAGCUCGUCUUCCCCAUCUUCUCCCUCUCGCCGUUCGCAUCGUUCA